CUUAUGUCUGACCCUUACUGCAGCACUGCUCCCUCUCUCUUUCUUUCCCGUGACCGGACUGUGAACAGACAUGUCCCAUCGCAAAUUCCAUGCCCCCCGCCAUGGGCACAUGGGCUUCCUGCCCCACAAGCGAAGCAAGAAGCACAGGGGAAAGGUACGUACGUGGCCCAAAGACGACCCCACCCAACCCGUCCACCUCACUGCUUUCCUGGGAUACAAGGCCGGCAUGACCCACACGCUGAGGGAGGUUCAUCGUGUCGGCCUCAAGCAAUCAAAGCGAGAAGAGGUAGAGGGGGUUACCAUCAUUGACACUCCUCCGGUCAUUGUGGUCGGGGUCAUAGGAUAUGUCAAGACCGUCCGUGGCUUGCGAUCCCUUAAAACCAUCUUUGCAGAGCACCUCAGCGAUGAGUGCAAACGCAGAUUUUAUAAAAACUGGUACAAGAGCAAGAAGAAGGCUUUCUCUAAGUACAGUAAGAAGUGGCAGGAUGAGACAGGAAAGAAGCAGCUGGACAAGGAUUUUGCUAUGAUGAAGAAAUACUGCUCAGUAAUCAGGGUCAUUGUUCACUCUCAGAUGCGAUUGCUGGCCAUAAAGCAGAAGAAAUCCCACAUCAUGGAGGUGCAGCUGAAUGGAGGCAGCAUCUCAGACAAGGUGGACUGGGCAAAGGAGCAUCUGGAGAAAGCCGUCCAUGUUUCUGCUAUCUUCAGCCAGGAUGAGAUGAUUGACAUUAUUGGUGUCACAAAGGGACAUGGCUUUAAAGGUGUGACAAGCCGCUGGCACACAAAGAAGCUCCCAAGGAAGACUCACAAAGGCCUGAGAAAGGUGGCCUGCAUUGGCGCCUGGCAUCCGUCCCGUGUGGGAUAUACCAUAGCUCGUGCUGGUCAGAAAGGCUACAACCACCGUACUGAGAUCAACAAGAAGGUCUACCGUGUCGGUAAAGGUGUGCACAUCCAGGAUGGAAAGGUGAUCCGGAACAAUGCCGCCACUAACUACGACACCACCCAGAAGUCCAUCACACCCAUGGGAGGCUUCCCCCACUACGGUGAAGUGAAUAAUGACUUUGUGAUGGUUAAAGGCUGCGUGGUUGGAGCUAAGAAACGUGUUCUCACCCUCAGGAAGUCUUUGCUCGUGCACACAUCUCGCAAGGCAAAGGAAGCCAUUGAGCUCAAAUUCAUCGACACAACUUCCAAAUUUGGACACGGCCGCUUCCAGACUGCCCAGGAGAAAAGGGCAUUCAUGGGGCCACAGAAGAAGGACGCCCAGAAAACACUGUUGGAGCCCCUGGUUGAAGAAGCCUGAAGAGGAAAAUCCUCAUGUUUUUGGAUUUAAAGAUAAUAAAACUGGGUGCAUUUA